AUGGGUCCUCUCGGUUGCAUCUGCUGUGGAUGUUAUAGAUGGCAUGAAGGUGAUGGGACAGCAAAGGACGAAACUAGGAAGGGUGCCUGUUGCUUGCAGUGUGCGAAGAGAUUUUGCUACCAGUGUCCGAAUUCUGUUGAGAAGCCGGAGUCGCAAACACUCCAUAGACGAUCAGAAAAGCAGCAGAAGACAUUCCAAACCUCGGGCAUGAUGAGCCCCAUCUACAGCCAACCUGAACCUCAGUGGAGUGAUGAGCCAGCAUGUGGGCGGCCGGGCUAUCAUACCGCUCAGACAUGGAGUUCACCACAAAAACAAAAUUCCCAUACAUUCGUUCCAAUAAACAGGGCCGCUAUCUUCGGUCGAGGAGGUACUACGCCACAAGGUUCUUAA